AAUUGAAGGAAUUUUUAAACUUCUGCCACAGAGUAUGACAGGUAUCCUUUUUAACAUCAAAAUGUGUCCUGAUAGCAAUGUAAACGAAAGAAGAAUGGCUCAAGACUUGAUAACCAAUUUAGAUCCCUAUAAUGGGGUCUGUGAAAAAUAUGAAAAUGGAAAAAGACGCAUGUAUGUCAUUUUAUCCCCUGAGGAGGUGGCAGCUGGUAAGACGACCUGCUGGACAGAGUUAGAUAUUCAAAACAAGGGAAUCAAGAACUUUAGUCCACACCUGUGGGAGCUGCGCCACCUUACUGCUCUCUACCUCAACAAUAACAAGAUCUCCAGACUGCCUCCGGAGAUCUGCCAGCUACAGAACCUCGUCCACCUGGACCUCUCCAACAACAAACUCAGGAGUUUGCCGGUGGAGCUGGGUGACAUGUUGAAGCUACAUGAUCUGCUGCUCACUAACAACUCUAUCCGUCUCCUACCCUACGAGCUAGGCAGAUUGUUCCAGCUCACUAAAUUAGAACUAGAGGGCAACCCUCUCACCCCUGAACUUUUACAGAAGUCGAGAGAAGUGAACGGUACACAGAAGCUGCUCCAGUUCCUUCUAGACACAUUGGAAGCUCCAGACUCUCCGCCAGACAGACCUUGGUUAUCUGUGAGGGAAAAAACAGGAAAACACAUGUCGUUCAAAGUUAUGUGUUAUAACAUUCUGUCGGACUCUCUUGCAAAAGGGACGAAGUAUGGCUACUGUCCUAGCUCAGCCCUGGCUUGGGACCACAGGAAACACCUCAUAAUGGAUCAGAUCGUUUCCUCAGGAGCUGAUAUCAUCGCGCUUCAAGAGGUUGAAACAGAUAAGUAUUACAACUACUUCUUGCCUGCGCUCAAGGCUCAAGGCUACGAGUCGUGUUUCUGUCCCAAAUCUCGAUCCAAAACUCUACCGGAGGAGGAACGUAAACAUGUGGACGGGUGUGCUAUCUUCUUCAACAAAACAAGAUUUGGACUGCACAAGGAGAAAUUUAUUGACUACUCUCAACUAGCUAUCGCAAACGCAGAGGGAGCAGAUGAUAUGAUCAACAGAGUCCAGACUAAAGAUAAUAUAGGCAUUGUCUGUUGCUUAGAUAUCAAGGAACCUAGUCAUGGAACGAGACAUAAUAAGCUGGUGGUCCUCAACACCCACAUUAACUGGGACCCCGAGUACUCAGACGUGAAACUCAUCCAGAACAUCAUGUUCAUGAACGAGGUGGAAACGUUUGUGAAGGAGAUAAAAGGUUCGUACAAUAUUCCUAUGGUGGUAGCAGGUGAUUUCAACUCGACCCCCGACUCUGCAGUCAUAGAGUUUCUGAUCAAGAGCCAAAUCAGUACCGAACAUCACGAGUUUCACGGCCUCAAGUACCACGGCUUUCUGAAGAAAGCUAAUGGGGAGUGUCUGGGCAACAAGAACGGCUCCAAACACUUCAAACACGGCUUCAAGCUCAAGUCCUGUUACUCUGAGGAUCUUAUGGAUAAGCUGAAGUACACCAACUACACCUACGAUUUUAAGGGGAUCCUGGAUCACAUCAUGCACUCCAAGGACUCACUCCGUACCGUGGGCGUGCUUGGAGGUAUAGACGUAGAGUGGUUAAAAGAAAACAAAAUCAUAGGCUGUCCCAACGUUCACUACCCUUCCGAUCAUUUCCCUUUAAUUUCAGAGUUGGAACUCAUUAACCCUAACUCGAGGUGACUUUCUUGUUCAACUUAAUGUAAACUUAUUUUCUUGCCUAACCAGUUUUCUUUCCUGAAACCUGGUUUCUUUUACACGAUAGCUCCUGUGUGUGAGCUGUCAAGUGUGGUUUAGCCGGUUUAGGCACCAUUCCGGCACCAUUCCGGCACUAUAGCCGGCACCAUUCCGGCUAUUCGAUAUUUAUUCUGCUUUCGAGACGAUCUAUAUUUAUACAGCCUUGUGUUUGAGUAGCUGUUUUCAAGAGUUUAAUCAUUUUUUUCGCGCUUCAAAGGAAAACCAUCCUCUUUUUAAGAUUAACUUCUAGUACUAGGCAUACUAUUAUACAUUUGUACCUACUCCAUUGUUCUUCUAUGGGAGUAAGAUGUUUUGUACAACUUUUGUAAGUAGCCUGUUUCCACGUAACACUUUUGUACGAAGUUGUGAGCUCUCUUAAUUAAGUUUGCUUUAUUAGUUUAAAUGCUUCUCAUUUUAAUUUCAAAAUAUAUUGUUCUGAUCAUAAAGAAUCCCAAAUGCGGAUAAGAAUUAAUGUAUUUGAUCUAUUUGUGGGGCAAGUGGCGACACCUAAAUCCUUUACAUUGAGCCACGUUUUAUUAUUUGUCACUUGAGAUCAUGACACCCUGACCAGAUGUGUAGUAAUACUAUAGGAGGGGGGGGGGGGGCUCCUACACUUCGUCCUACAGGGGGGGGGGGGGCUCCUGCAC